AAAAACAUAUGUGUUUAAGAGAAUUUGAUGAGAGUCUCAAAAUUAAAUUAAAGCACAAAUAAUCUAGAAGAGAAGAGAUGGGAAGAGCUCCAUGUUGUGACAAGGCAAAUGUAAAGAAAGGUCCAUGGAGUCCUGAAGAAGAUGCAAAGCUCAAGGAAUACAUUGACAAACAUGGAACUGGAGGAAACUGGAUUGCUCUUCCACAAAAAGCUGGUUUGAAAAGAUGUGGGAAAAGUUGUAGACUUAGAUGGCUUAAUUAUCUUAGACCCAAUAUUAAGCAUGGAGAGUUUUCUGAAGAUGAAGAUAGAAUGAUUUGCUAUCUCUUUGCCAGUAUUGGAAGCAGAUGGUCAAUAAUAGCAUCUCAGUUGCCAGGAAGGACAGACAAUGACAUCAAGAACUAUUGGAAUACCAAGCUUAAGAAAAAGAUGAUGCCAAUUAUGAUGGACCCUUUAACAAUGAACAAUAAUAAUAAUAAGCCUCAUCCCCAAAUUACCCUUUUGUCCAUCCUCCAAAAUUCAUCAUCAACACAACAUUCUCCUUCUCCUCCAUCUCCAUCUCCUCCACCAUUCAUAUCAAACACAACCGCCACUAAUAAUAAUAAUGACACUUAUUAUUACUACCACCCUCAUGAGUCCAUUAUUUCUUACUCAUCAUCAAGUGAUCCUAUCAUCAAUGCCAAUAGUAGUUCUUCUACUUCUUCUGAUUCUAUCAUCUUCCAAUCUCAACAACAAGAAUCUUAUAUGGAUAAUAACACCAUUGAUAAUCAGAAUUAUCAUCAAGAACCAGCUGAACAACUUGGAUAUUGUGGUGAUGAUUAUUACUAUGAUUAUGGUACCUUUGUGGACCAUAUAGUUGCAAAUAAUAAUCAUAAUAAUUACCACUAUAGUGGGGUAGAAGAUGCACAAAAGUUUAUGCAUUUUAAUGGUGGCAGGGGUAAUGUGGGGACAGAGAAACAAAGUAGUACCUUGUUGGAAGAAAAUCCAUUGGAUAAUUAUGGAAUAGAUGAGACUAAAGAGCUUGUAUUAAGCAACAAUAACUUUUUGUUUGAUCACAACUAGACACAGGAAAGGAUCAUGCAUGUAUUAUUGAUAAUGUUGGAGAAACUAUAUUAUUGCAUAUAUUAUAUUAUA